UGGACUCAUUGACGUACAGGGUGAUGUUGAUUUCACUUUACCUCGGCUGAUUUAACAAGAGUCGGCACCCUCUCGCUCACGACCGAGCUGAGUAUGCCCAUGACUGCGCGGUACAAAGUAGUAUCGUCAGACAGUACAUGUAUUGAUUCGUAAGUCCCUACGAGCUGUAUAUACUGUCAGUCAUUCGCAGAGUUCUGGGCCCGUUCGUGCAUUCAUGCGAGCUUCCCCACCGCAUGGUCCCUUUCCGCAGUGUACCUGACAGAAGUAUCCUCUUUCCGUGGAUGAGAAGACCAAUACGGAGCACGAGCAAAAUGACUGCUCCGCCAUUACCGCACCUGCCCGAGAUUGAACGCUUGAGUCCCAGGGUUGUCCGGAUACUAGGUGGCAAUCCAAAUAAGUUCACACUGCAAGGCACCAACACCUACCUUAUCGGACAAGGGCGCAAACGGAUCCUCCUCGACACUGGCGAAGGCAAUCGCACAUGGCCCGAGACGCUUCGAAAGGCCCUCACCGAUGAGGACGUGGAGAUCGAGAAGGUCCUACUGACGCAUUGGCAUCCUGACCAUGUCGGCGGCGUAAGUGAUGUCUUGCAGCGUUCUCCGCAGGCCAAGGUCCAUAAGAACCAACCGAGCGAGGAGCAGCAUGAUAUCAGCGACGGUCAACGCUUCAAGACCGAAGGCGCAACGCUACGAGCAUUUCAUUGUCCCGGCCACACGACUGACCAUAUGGCAUUCAUACUCGAAGAUGAAGAUGCCAUGUUCACUGGCGACAAUGUGCUCGGUCACGGCACCGCUGUUUUCGAAGAUCUGCCCGCCUACAUGGACAGUCUAAAUCGGAUGCAACACCAGUUCUCUGGCCGUGCAUAUCCCGGCCAUGGCGCAGUGAUCGAAGAUGGCAAGACUAAGAUCCAGGAAUAUAUUGCGCACCGCAAGGAGCGGGAGGACCAAAUUCUGGGUGUGAUGAAGGACGAACCUCCCAACAGUGGCGGUGAGGCCGGCGAGGGCUGGACGAGCAUGCAGAUCGUGAGGGUGGUCUACAAGGACUACCCAGAGAGCUUGCAUAUGCCGGCUGAGAGGGGUGUAUUGCAGGUACUGAGUAAGUUGGGGGGAGAGAGUAGGGUGAGGAAAUGUGAGGAUGGCAGUUGGGCGGUGGCCGCAAAGAGUGCACUAUAGAUGAUACAGCCGUUGCCCUCCAGCUCAGUCUGCUUCUGUUUGGUGUUGUAGGAUAUCUCAUAAUUUCUGCGCUCGAAGUCACAGGGUAUCAGUCGGAAACACACCCGUGCUGCUGUUUGGGACAUUCGCUGGCGCAGCAUAUCUAAAGGCUAAUUGGGUGGGAAGACCUGCACAUGCACCCUGACGGAUCCCCAUAUACCUGUGACGACAGUGUAGGUUAUUGCAACCCGGACACUUACACCUGUCCAGCUAUCUCAG